CGAGAAGCCUCCGCCCAGAACGCAGAGACUGCGAGGUGGCGUCACCGUCAACUGGGCUGCAGGAAUGACGGACAAUAUUGCUUUGCAACCAGUGAGACACAAAAAAAGACACGACAAUAAAAACAGGAAUGGGUAAGAACAAAAAAUACGUUGUAUACACUGUACAUUUUAAUAAGAACGACGAUGUUAGGCGGAUUUAGCUGUUAUUUAGCUCGAUGGCUAAUAACACGAAUUGUUUUCAAAACCCGCGGACGAAUAUCUACAUUGUAACCAUAUAUUCUAAACGUUCAAGAUGAAAGUAACCAAUUUUCUAAAAAAACACAAUUGACGGGCUUGUUUAGGGAAAUAGAUGUAUCAUCCAUUCUUGUUCCGGGUGCUGUCUGUCCUGUCGGUGCUAGUACAAUAUUAAUCGCCUAUUGUUAAGUAUCCAUGGGACAAUGUCAUAUAGACCGAUAAAAAAAACAAAAAACUCCGCAUUAUGCUUCUAAAUAAGAUGGGAUAAUGUGGCAUGGUUGACUGGCAUUCUUUGUGUCAUUGCGUUGAACCAGCCCAAACAGUGCAGGCCUUAUAAGAAUCAGCACUUGUUUAGAGCAGGGUUUCCCAAACUCGGUCCUGGGGCCCCCCCUCGGUGCAUGCGUUUUUUUUUUUUUUUUUUUCAAGCACUACACAGCUGAUUCAAAUAAUCAAAGCUUGAUUAUGAGUUGGUUAUUUGAAUCAGCUGUGUAGUGCUAAGGCAAAAAAAAGUGCACUCAUGGGCCCCAGGACCGAGUUAGGGAAACCCUGGUUUAGGGAACAGCAAACCACCAUGACUAUCUAUCAAUAGACACAUAAUAUGGAUGAUGUGACUUUUAUUAUUACACAGUGUAUUAUAUUAAAAAUAAAAAUAUAUAUAAUUAUAACUCCUAUUUCCUGAGGGAUGCUGGCCCAUGUUGCCUCCAAUGCUUCCCACAGUUGUGUCAAGUUGGCUGGAUGUCCUUUGGGUGGUGGACCAUUCUUGAUACAUACAGGAAACUGUUGAGUGUGAAAAACCCAGCAACGUUGCAGUUCUUGACACAAACUGGUGCGCCUGGCACCUACUACCCUACCCCGUUCAAAGGCACUUAAAUAUUUUGUCUUGCCCAUUCACCCUCUGAAUGGCACACAUACACAAUCCAUGUCUCAAUUGUCCAAGGCUUUAAAAUCAUUCUUUAUCCUGUCUCCUCCCCUUGAUCUACACUGAUUGAAGUGGAUUUAACAAGGGACAUCACUAAGGGAUCAUAGGUUUCACCUGAAUUCACCUGGUCAGUCUAUGUCAUGGAAAGAGUAGGUGUUCUUACUGUUUUGUAUACUCAGUAUACAGUGCUUUCGGAAAGUAUUCAGACCCCUUGACUUUUUCCAUAUUUGUUACGUUACAGCCUUAUCCUAAAAUGUAUUAAAUUGUUUUUUCACCUCAUCAAUCUACACACAAUAUCCCAUAAUGACUAAGCAGAAACAGGUUUUUAAACCCCGGAAAUAUCACAUUUACAUAAGUAUUCAGACCCUUUACUCAGGACUUUGUUGAAGCACCUUUGGCAGCGAUUACAGCCUCAAGUCUUCUUGGGUAUGACGCUACAAGCUUGGCACACCUAUAUUUGGGGAGUUUCUCCCAUUCUUCUCUGCAGAUCCUUUCAAGCUCUGGAUGGGGACUGUUGCUGCACAGCUAUUUUCAGCUCUCUCCAGGGAUGUUAGAUCGGGUUCAAGUCCGGGCUCUGGCUGGGCCACUCAAGGACAUUCAGAGACUUGUUCCGAAGCCACUCCUGCUUUUCUUGGCUGUGUGAUUAGGGUCGUUGUCCUGUUGGAAGGUGAACCGUCGCCCCAGUCUGAGGUCCUGAGCGCUCUGGAGCAGGUUUUCAUCAAGGAUCUCUGUGUACUUUGCUUCGUUUAUCUUUUCCUCAAACCUGACUAGUCUCCCAGUCCCUGCCGCUGAAAACAUCCCCACAGCAUGAUGCUGCAACCACCAUGCUUCACCGUAUGGAUGAUGCCAGGUUUCCAGAUGUGACACUUGGGCAUUUAGGCCAAAGAGUUCAAUCUUGGUUUCAUCAGACCAGAAAAUCUUGUUUCUCAUGGUAUGAGAGUCCUUUAGGUGCCUUUUGGCAAACUCCAAGCGUGCUGUCAUGUGCCUUUUACUGAGGAGUGGCUUCCGUCUGGCCACUCUACCAUAAAGGCCUGAUUGGUGGAGUGCUGCGGAGAUGGUUGUCCUUCUGGAAGGUUCUCCCAUCUCCACAGAGGAUCCCUAGAGCUCUGUCAGAGUGGGCAUCGGUUUCUUGGUCACCUCCCUGACCAAGGCCCUUCUCCCUCGAUUGCUCAAUCCUGGUGGUUCCAAACGUCUUCCAUUUCUUUAAUUUUCCUAUUUUGUUGCAUUACAACCUGUAAUUUAAAUGUAUUUUUAUUUGGAUUUCAUGUAAUGGACAUACACAAAAUAAUCAAAAUUGGUGAAGUGAAAUGAAAAAAAACUUGUUUCAAAAAAUUCUUUAAAAAAAGAUACUGGAAAAGUGGUGCGUGCAUAUGUAUUCACCCCCUUUGCUAUGAAGCCCUAAAUAAGAUCUGGUGCAACCAAUUACCUUCAGUCACAUAAUUAGUUAAAUAAAGUCCACCUGUGUGCAAUCUAAGUGUCACAUGAUCUGUCACAUGAUAUCAGUAUAUAUACACCUAUUCUGAAAGGCCCCAGAGUCUGCAACACCACUAAGCAAGGGGUACCACCAAGCAAGCGGCACCAUGAAGAAAUAAAAAAAUAUCAGAAACUUUGAACAUCACAUGGAGCACCAUUAAAUCCAAUAUAAAAAAAUUCAAAGAAUAUGGCACCACAACAAACCUGACAAGAGAGGGCCGCCCACCAAAACUCACGGCCCAGGUAAGGAGGGCAUUAAUCAGAGAGGCAUCAAAGAGACCAAAGAUAACCCUGAAGGAGCUGCAAAGCUCCACAGCAGAGAUUGGAGUAUCUGUCCAUAGGACCACUUCAAGCCGUACACUCCACAGAGCUGGGCUUUACGGAAGAGUGGCCAGAUAAAAGCCAUUACUUAAAGAAAAAAAUAAGCAAACACGUUUGGUGUUCGCCAAAAGGCAUGUGGAAGACUCCCCAAACAUAUAGAAGAAGGUACUCUGAUCAGAUGAGACUAAAAUUGAGCUUUUUGGCCAUCAAGGAAAACGCUAUGUCUGGCGCAAACCCAACACCUCAUCACCCCGAGAUCACAAUCCCCACACUGAAGUAUGGUGGUGGCAGCAUCAUGCUUUGGGGAUGUUUUUCAUCGGCAGGGACUGGGAAACUGGUCAGAAUUGAAGGAAUGAUGGAUGGCGCUAAAUACAGGGACAUUCUUGAGGGAAACCAGUUUCAGUCUUCCAGAGAUUUGAGACUGGGGCGGAGGUUCACCUUCCAGCAGGACAAUGACCCUAAGCAUACUGCUAAAGCAACACUCGAGUGGUUUAAGGGGAAACAUUUAAAUGUCUUGGAAUGGCCUAGUCAUAGCCCAGACCUCAAUCCAAUUGAGAAUCUGUGGUAUGAGUUAAAGAUUGCUGUACACCAGCGGAACCCAUCCAACUUGAAGGAGCUGGAGCAGUUUUGCCUUGACGAAUGGGCAAAAAUCCCAGUGGCUAGAUAUGCCAAGCUUAUAGAGACAUACCCCAAGAGACUUGCAGCUGUAAUUGCUGCAAAAGGUGGCUCUACAAAUUAUUGACUUUUGGGGCGUUAAUAGUUAUGCACGCUCAAGUUUUCUGUUUUUUUUGUCUUAUUUGUUGUUUGUUUCACCCCAAAAAAUAUUUUGCAUCUUCAAUGUGGUAGGCAUGUUGUGUAAAUCAAAUGAUACAAACCCCCCCAAAAUCCAUUUUAAUUCCAGGUUGUAAGGCAACAAAAUAGGAAAAAUUCCAAGGGGGGUGAAUACUUUCACAAGCCACUGUAAGAAUGAAGGAGGCCACUGUGUUCUUGGGGACCUUCAAUGCUGCAGACAUUUUUUGGUACCCUUCCCCAGAUCUGUGCCUCGACACAAUCCUGUCUCGGAGGUCUACGGGCAAGGCACACUUAACCAGCAUGGCUACCACAGCAUUCUGCAGCGAUACGCCAUCCCAUCUGGUUUGGGCUUAGUGGGACUAUCAUUUGUUUUUCAACAGGACAAUGACCCAACACACCUCCAGGCUGUGUAAGGGCUAUUUGACCAAGAAGGAGAGUGAUUGAGUGCUGCAUCAGAUGACCUGGCCUCCACAAUCCCCCGACCUCAACCCAAUUGAGAUGGUUUGGGAUGAGUCGGAUGGCAGAGUGAAGGAAAAGCAGCCAAAAAGUGCUGGUGAAGCUUGUUGAGAGAAUGCCAAGAGUGUGCAAAGCUGUCAUCAAGGCAAAGGGUGGCUAUUUGAAGAAUCUCAAAUAUAAAAUAUAUAUUUUGAUUUGUUUAACACUUUUUUGGUUACUACAUGAUUCCAUAUGUGUUAUUUCAUAGUUUUGAGUCUUCACUAUUAUUCUACAAUGUAGUAAAAUGUAAAAAUAAAGAAAAACCCUUGAAUGAGUAAGUGUGUCCAAACUUUUGACUGGUACUGUAUAUAUUUAUGUGUUCUUGAAAUUAAAUAUUUCCUUUGAAGUAAAGUAGGCCUACUGUAGCUUGACUUCUUAAUGUAAACGGCAUUGGCUCACAUAUUCCAUAUUUUGUGAAAGUGAGCAGUACGUCUAAUUAUUUUAUUUCAAUAUGAAUCAAUUUGACAUGCAUGCUUUCUCCUAACUCCAGUACAGAGGGGACUUUUGUGAAGUUGUUGUCUCGCACAUCUGAAAGGGUAACUUCAUUAUACUGGAUGUCUUGAAAAUCAGGUUCUGCAUUCAUCCAAUUUGUAGUAAGCAGAGUCCUAGUUUGAACACAGAUUUCUAUUUUCGGAAUUAUGAUAGAAGGGGUUAAAUUACUCACUUUAUCUACAGUCAGUGAUUCAUUAUUCAGGUAAUUAGUAUCUAGAAUGUGUACAAUAUUUGAUCUGUAAUAGGCACAUGGCAACCCAUAAGGUUAGGUUACCAGCUGGCUGCUUGCUUUGAUGAAGUGGAAUACUUCGUUUGAGAAUGGUGUAUGAAACUAGGGCCUUGCUGCCUAACACAUGAUGCCAAUAUUUACAUUUACAUUUACAUUUUAGUCAUUUAGCAGACGCUCUUAUCCAGAGCGACUUACAGUUAGUGAAUACAUAUAUAUAUAUUUUUUUUCAUACUGGUCCCCCGUGGGAAUUGAACCCACAACCCUGGCGUUGCAAACGCCAUGCUCUAUCAACUGAGCUACAUCCCUGCCGGCCAUUCCCUCCCCUACCCUGGACAACGCUAGGCCAAUUGUGCGCUGCCCAUGAGUCUCCCGGUCGCGGCCGGCUGCGACAGAGCCUGGAUUCGAACCAGGAUCUCUAGUGGCACAGCUAGCACUGCGAUGCAGUGCCUUAGACCACUGCGCCACUCAGGAGACUACUGCGUCAGGACACACCUCUAUGGUGAGUCAGGACCCACCUCUAUGGUGAGUCAGGACCCACCUCUAUGGUGAGUCAGGGCCCACCUCUAUGGUGAGUCAGGGCCCACCUCUAUGGUGAGUCAGGGCCCACCUCUAUGGUGAGUCAGGGCCCACCUCUAUGGUGAGUGCCCACCUCUAUGGUGAGUCAGGGCCCACCUCUAUGGUGAGUCAGGGCCCACCUCUAUGGUGAGUCAGGGCCCACCUCUAUGGUGAGUCAGGGCCCACCUCUAUGGUGAGUCAGGACCCACCUCUAUGGUGAGUCAGGGCCCACCUCUAUGGUGAGUCAGGGCCCACCUCUAUGGUGAGUCAGGGCCCACCUCUAUGGUGAGUCAGGGCCCACCUCUAUGGUGAGUCAGGGCCCACCUCUGGUGAGUCAAAUCAAAUCAAAUCAAAUCAAAUUUUAUUGGUCACAUGCGCCGAAUACAACAGGUGCAGACAUUACAGUGAAAUGCUUACUUACAGCCCUUAACCAACAGUGCAUUUAUUUUAAACAAAAAAGUAAGAAUAAAACAACAACAAAAAAGUGUUGAGAAAAAAAAGAGCAGAAGUAAAAAAUAAAGUGACAGUAGGGAGGCUAUAUAUACAAUAGAAUAAAGUGACAGUAGGGAGGCUAUAUAUACAGGGGGGUACCGUUGCAUAGUCAAUGUGCGGGGGCACCGGCUAGUCAGGGCCCACCUCUAUGGUGAGUCAGGGCCCACCUCUAUGGUGAGUCAGGACCCACCUCUAUGGUGAGUCAGGACCCACCUCUUUUUUUUUUUUUUUUACCUUUAUUUAACUAGGCAAGUCAGUUAAGAACAAAUUCUUAUUUACAAUGACGGCAUAUACCGGCCAAACCCGGACGACGCUGGGCCAAUUGUGUGCCGCCCUAUGGGACUCCCAAUCACGGCCGGUUGUGAUACAGCCUGGAAUCGAACCAGGGGGUCUGUAGUGAUGCCUCAAGCACUGAGAUGCAGUGCCUUAGACCGCUGCGCCACUCGGGAGUCAGGGCCCACCUCUAUGGUGAGUCAGGACCCACCUCUAUGGCCCUACUGUUUGACUGAAGCCAUCCACACCACCAUAGGAAACAUAGUAUUUGCAUAUUAUUGUGGUGCCAUUUCAGUGAGAGGAAAACUCUAAAAGGGCCAGUUUCCCGGACACAGAUUAGGUCUAGUUCUGGACUAAAAAGCACUGUAUUGGCAUUUCUUCAUUGAGCAUGCUUUUUAGUCUAGGGCCAGUGUUCAAAAGCAUCUCAGAGUAGGAGUGUUGAUCGAGGAUCAGAUCCCCCCCUGUCCAUAUACUCAUUAUGAUUAAAAAGGCAAAACUGAUCCUAUAUCUGCACUACCCUGAGAGUCUUUGUGAUGUACAGGUCCAGGAGUAAGCUUAACCUGGGUCCAGGAAACCAGCCCUAAUGAUGAACUACACUGGUGUUCCUCAGGUGCUGCCUGUGGUCGAGGUGUUGCGGCAUGGGGGACUUCCGGCCGCGGACGGUGUGGCUGGGCCACCCAGAGAAGAGGGAGCAGAGGUACCCCCGGAACGUCAUUAACAACCAGAAGUACAACUUCUUCACCUUCCUCCCAGGGGUGAGUGUCAGGUACUCCGGGUCACCCAAGCAACCGUCAUCUGCUCCUCAUUCACAACACAACAAGCCGGAAUGAGUUUAGUGGGAAAGUGGAGUUAUUGGUUUAGUGGCAAAGUGGAGUUAUUAGUUUAGUGGAGUUAGUGGUUUAGUGGCAAAGUGGAGAGUGAGCAGUAGAGCUGACCCCAUAUAUUUGAAUAGUGGGUUGGUGGACUCUGAUUCUAAUCAAAUGAGCACUCAUGUUAGCCUGUACUGUAUAGCCUAGUGUGCCUCUACUGUAGUUGUUGAGUCUCUAAGUAAAGCUAAACCACGGCAAGAAUACUAAGGAGCACUUUUUUUACUUUCUGAUUUUCUGAGCCUAAUUUUCAUAUGAAUUUGGUUUUCAGACAUUAGCUAAUCUUAAAACAUUGUGCCUUUUUUGGAUAUUAAGUCAUGCAUUAAAAGUAGGAAAAACAAGAAGACCAGUCCUUUUUUGCAUUGCAAAUCAACACAUUCUCAAAUCAACACGUUAUUGUUGUUGUGCGAGUGUUCCCUGUCACCUGUCAGUAGUUGAGGAAAUGACUCACAGUAGCAAUGAGAGAACACAAGCUUUCCCUUUGUACUAAUCUUGCACAUUGGUGGUAAUGAAAUUCAGCUACAGUGUAGUGUGACUGUUAAAUCUAUACUUGACUGUGGGUGGCACUGGAAAAGUUGAUGUCUGUCUUUUUUGAGAUAUAUCAUAUAUAUAUUAGAACGUGUGUGGAUAUGUCUGAAACUAUAAGCAUAUUUUUGUCUCAACUGAACCCUGAGUGAUCAAUAUCUUAUCACAUGCAUAUACAGUGGGGAAAAAAGUAUUUAGUCAGCCACCAAUUGUGCAAGUUCUCCCACUUAAAAAGAUGAGAGAGACCUGUAAUUUUCAUCAUAGGUACACGUCAACUAUGACAGACAAAAUGAGAAAAAAAAAUCCAGAAAAUCGCAUUGUAGGAUUUUUAAUGAAUUUAUUUGCAAAUUAUGGUGGAAAAUAAGUAUUUGGUCACCUACAAACAAGCAAGAUUUCUGGCUCUCACAGACCUGUAACUUCUUCUUUAAGAGGCUCCUCUGUCCUCCACUCGUUACCUGUAUUAAUGGCACCUGUUUGAACUUGUUAUCAUUAUAAAAGACACCUGUCCACAACCUCAAACAGUCACACUCCAAACUCCACUAUGGCCAAGACCAAAGAGCUGUCAAAGGACACCAGAAACAAAAUUGUAGACCUGCACCAGGCUGGGAAGACUGAAUCUACAAUAGGCAAGCAGCUUGGUUUGAAGAAAUCAACUGUGGGAGAAAUUAUUAGGAAAUGGAAGACAUACAAGACCACUGAUAAUCUCCCUCGAUCUGGGGCUCCUCGCAAGAUCUCACCCCGUGGGGUCAAAAUGAUCACAAGAACAGUGAGCAAAAAUCCCAGACCCACACGGGGGGACCUAGUGAAUGACCUGCAGAGAGCUGGGACCAAAGUAACAAAGCCUACCAUCAGUAACACACUACGCCGCCAGGGACUCAAAUCCUGCAGUGCCAGACGUGUCCCCCUGCUUAAGCCAGUACAUGUCCAGGCCUGUCUGAAGUUUGCUAGAGUGCAUUUGGAUGAUCCAGAAGAGGAUUGGGAGAAUGUCAGAUGGUCAGAUGAAACCAAAAUAUAACUUUUUGGUAGAAACUCAACUCGUCGUGUUUGGAGGACAAAGAAUGCUGAGUUGCAUCCAAAGAACACCAUACCUACUGUGAAGCAUGGGGGUGGAAACAUCAUGCUUUGGGGCUGUUUUUCUGCAAAGGGACCAGGACGACUGAUCCGUGUAAAGGAAAGAAUGAAUGGGGCCAUGUAUCGUGAGAUUUUGAGUGAAAACCUCCUUCCAUCAGCAAGGGCAUUGAAGAUGAAACGUGGCUGGGUCUUUUCAGCAUGACAAUGAUCCCAAACACACCGCCCGGGCAACGAAGGAGUGGCUUCGUAAGAAACAUUUCAAGGUCCUGGAGUGGCCUAGCCAGUCUCCAGAUCUCAACCCCAUAGAAAAUCUUUGGAGGGAGUUGAAAGUCUGUGUUGCCCAGCGACAGCCCCAAAACAUCACUGCUCUAGAGGAGAUCUAGAGGAAUGGGCCAAAAUACCAGCAACAGUGUGUGAAAACCUUGUGAAGACUUACAGAGAACGUUUGACCUGUGUCAUUGCCAACAAAGGGUAUAUAACAAAGUAUUGAGAAACUUUUGUUAUUGACCAAGUACUUAUUUUCCACCAUAAUUUGCAAAUAAAUUCAUUAAAAAUCCUACAAUGUGAUUUUCUGGAGAAAAAAAAUCUCAUUUCGUCUGUCAUAGUUGACGUGUACCUAUGAUGAAAAUUACAGGCCUCUCUCAUCUUUUUAAGUGGGAGAACUUGCACAAUUGGUGGCUGACUAAAUACUUUUUUCCCCCACUGUAUUACAAUGCCCCUAAUGUACAUACAUAUCGUGGUUGGCUUAUUUAUGUGAAAUCAUAUUGUUCUGUUUUGUUUUCUCAGGUGCUGUUUAAUCAGUUCAAGUACUUCUUCAACUUGUACUUUCUUCUCCUGGCCUGUUCUCAGUUUGUCAAUGAGCUCAGGCUAGGUGCUCUGUACACCUACUGGGUUCCUUUGGUAAGCAGUGGAGCAUUUUGUCAAAGUAAUGUAGCAUCAAGUAUUCACAUGAUCCACCAAUCAAUUGCUAAAAACAAGAUACUUACUUGUUAUAAUUUGUAGUUAUACACAUUUAGAAGGUUUGUCUUAUAUUUUUGUAUUUUCAGGGAAUUGUUUUGAUCAUUACCAUCAUGAGAGAAGCAGUUGAAGAGAUCAGAUGUUAUUGUCGAGACAAAGAAGUGAAUUCACAGAUAUAUAGCAAGCUCUCAAUAAGAGGUAAGGGUUUGUUUGCAGUUGGUACACAAUAAGAAGAAUAAACAACAACAUAAAUAUGUUAAUAAACAUAUCCAAAGUAACCAGUCCAACCAAUUAAUGACCUACAGCAGUUUUCUGAUGCGUCUAUUCAAUGUAAUACAAAAACCUGAAUAGUGGUUUGAAUUGGGGUCAAUUCAAAAUUUAUUUGAAAAUCCAGUUAAAUUCUUGAAUUCACUCAUGAAAGAGAGAAUUUAUAGUGAAUUCAAUUCAAAUUUCAACAAUCUUGAAGUUAUGGAAUUGAAUUGGAUUUAGACUGUUUGGACUGUUUGAAUUGGAAUUGAAUUGGAAUUGUAAACACAUUUAAUCUUUGCAAUUGACUUGAAUUGGAUUUCCCAGUGAAUGGAAUUAAAGCACUUAGUAUCAAAAGUUGACUGCAAGAUUUAUUUUAACUUGUAUUUCUGUAUUUCCAGUAGAGUGAGGCAGUCUGAACAGUGACAUGAUCAGCCUGAAAGCCUGAUUGGAAUUUGUGGAAUUGUUGGUGAUAAUAUUGAAUUGGCAAUUUAAUUAUUGGAAUUUACCUAACAUUGAAAUUGAGAGGAAUUUAGUUAUCUCUGAAUGCAAAGACUGACCUGGAAUUUGAAUGAAAUGGAAUUUCCAGGGAGAGGGAAUUUAAUUUGUGGAAUUAACUCGAACCCUGGUCUCCAGUCCAGUUAACUGUAUGAGGUUGGUCCUGUCCUGUUUAAGCUGACAGGGGAGUGGGUCCUGGGUGGGAGGGGAGUGGGUCCUGGGUGGGAGGGGAGUGGGUCCUGGGUGGGAGGGGAGUGAUGGCUAAUUCAAAGCAGAGAUGUAAAAGUGUACACAUAAGAGGGCUUGGAAUAAAGUGCUACCAGCAAUAAAAACCUGGAGACCUCUUGUGGUUUCCAUCACUUUUCCCCUUUGAUCUGGCAGCUUGUUUUAUCCAUAAACACAAUAAAUGGUUGCUUCCAUGAGAGUGGCCCCAGUGGCUUGUCUUGCUGCAUGGGGUGAGAGAGAGAUAAUAGCAUUAAAUGCCUGUAUAUUGUUGUUCUGCUUUGAGAAAGUAGCUACUUUAUCAAGAGCAAAACAUGUUGUUAAUUUAUGUUUUGAUGUCAGACAUCCACCAAGGGUUUUUAUGUCAUCCUGUAGGAAUGUAUGAUUCAUCAUUUUAAAGUAGUUUUUUUCUCCCUAGUAUUUUGACUUCUGACUGAUUAUUUCUAAAGCUUAUUGGGAAAGUAUAAUUUGUAUUAUCAGAUUUGUGUAUAAAGUAGACUAAACUCAGUUUUAUUAUCUAAAUAAAACAGAAUGGGUUUGAAGUAUCAACAUAUUCAAGCCCAAUAAACCUAAACGCAUAGCAAUAUUAAUGUAUUACAUAUGCAAAAGCCUGAGGUCACAGAAAAGGUCAAGGGUGAGUGACCCGCUCCAAACAAUUUUGCCUGUUCAUUCCAAAUGGAAUGGGAGAAAAGGCUCAACUCCCCCCACCCUCCCAACAUUCUUUCAGAUCUGAAGGCCUACAUGGAAAAUUACUUUCCCCCCACAUUUAGGAAGGAAAUCUAUAACAACAGUUGUCUACAUUUGCAAGGUAACCUGGACGAGACAGUUGGGCAUAAACAGUGAGCUGAAUAGUGUUUCUGUAUGUAUGGGCCAUGAGAAUAGAAGCAGGGAGUAUGAAGACUAGGGUUUUAACUGUGUCUUUGAAUGAUGUUAAUGGUACCAGAAUGUCUCACUACCAUAAAAAACCUGUGUGAGCCAUGUGAACGUUGACAUGGAUGUUUUAGAUUUUGACUUGUUUGGGACGUUAUACUCUAUUCUUCUCCUCCCAGGAGGAAUGGAAUGUCCAUAAGACAACAUUCAUCCUUAAUAUUUGGUCUAACCACAAUACCAUUAUGAUUAUCACAAUGAAUUUAGUCACCUCAGCUGAAUAUUCUGCAAUCUGAAAAUGCUUAUUGAAUAUUCAUUUGACAUGUGUUUUUAUUUCAGGCACUGUGAAGGUGAAAAGCAGUGGCAUUCAAGUUGGAGACCUUAUAAUCGUGGACAAGGUUUGAGAUUUCGCCUUGACUGCAUCAAUGAAUUAGGCCUACUACUUACCAGGAUAGUGAAGUUGCCAAAUAUGACAAAUAAUAAUGAGUGGUCUGUUAAUCUGCUAGACUGGUGACUUGAGUUAAAGAUUUUAUAAUCUUGUGAUCAAUGUUGCUGAGCUUGAGUCUGUCAAGCUCAAUGCAGACGUAACUGACACAAACUUUAAAUGAACUUAAUUGGAUCAGAAAACCCAAAAUUUGACAUUUGGAUUAUUGAUGCCAUUGACAAAAAAUUGAAGGCAAAACUUGUAGGAUAUUAAUCUCUCAUGGACAGUCUACAUAAACAUAAAUGGUACCGUAGAUCUGUCAUGAUACAACGGUAUGUGUGAGAUCAGCAGCAUUAGUUCCAGUGCUUGUUUUUUCGUCACUGGUUAUUUGGACAAAUCACGAUUUCGCAGGUGUUAGUAUCUUUCGAACUUUGGAAGGAGAGGGGACAUUUGGCCCAUAGACUUGCUCGUAACUUGCAAAGAGAGGUGGAGCUCUUCUUUCCGGUUCCGCUCCUAGUUUUCUAUCUCUUCUCUUAACACGUAUGGACCCAGAACUUAAUUGAGCAUUUGACCAAUUACGCAAGAUUAAAGUAAUGAGGUUAACCGAGAUUAGUAGGACAUAGACCACCCAGAAAAUACCAAUGCACUCUUACCAGAUAGUUAACUUAAAACGCCAUUAAGUUGGCAUAUCCAUGUGGGAAAGUUAAAGAAGGCAAUCAAUUGAUGCCAUUUGUGAGGCUAAUUUUGAAUGGCACAACACUGGUAACAUUAUAAUACAUUAUAAUUUGGUGGGUUCUUAUAUUUGUCCUAUUUCAGACAAGUACAAGUGUGUAUUAUACGCAUGUGUGAAAUGGAAAUAUUUUUUGCAUAUUCCAACUCCCCCUGAGACACCCUCGGUGAGUGGGGUCAUGGCCAGGGUCAGCCAUUAUCAACGGGGACCCUGGAGCAAUUAGGUUUAAGUGCCUUGCUCAAGGGCACGUCAAAAGAUUUUUCACCUUGUAGCUUGGGGAUUUGAGUUAGCAACCUUUUGGUUAUUGGCCCAACGCUCUAACCGCUAGGCUACCUGCCGUCACUAUGUUGUUAAAAGUAUCUUAAGUAAUUCUAAUAGACAUUCCAACUCAACAACAGUCUUUUUUGCUGGCUAUUGUAGAAAGAGUAGAUUCUGGGAGUCUUUGUACAUGAAAUAUGAGAAUGUAGUCCUGUCCUCAGUUACCAACUGGCCACUUCUAUAUAAAAGGUUCUGUUAAACACAGCUGAAGGAUAAGUCACACGUGUUGUUCUCUUUAUACAUUUGAUCUUUUUUAUCCAUGACUGAGGAGACAUUGAAAGUAAAUCAAAUUCUGAAUUGUUACGAUCUUCUGAUAUUACAUUUGUUAAAACCUACAAAAUAUAUAACAUUCAAAAUGUGAACCACCGCAUGGAUCUGAAGUGCCACAGUAAAUCUUUAUUAAACCCAUCGACCACUUAAAAUAAUCCAUGUCCAACUCGAUGUUUUGAAAUCUGUCAACUUAAAUAGUGUUGAGAAUUCAUCUUCCAAUUACUCUGACCAGGACUCAGUCACAGUGGAGUCUAGGUCAAACAGAGUGUAAAGCCUGGUCAGGCUCCUAUUCAGGGUAAGGCUGGAUGAUUUGCUGCAGGGAUUAUUAUUGUGACUAGCUGAAUGCAGGUAAUGUAGCACAUUAAAGUAAAAGUCUGAACGUCUACAGUUAUAGAGGGGGGGGCGGGGGGGGGUAGAAGAACAGGAUACAAGUCGUGUUUUUCUUUAUUUCUGUCUUUUCUUUGUAGAACCAGCGAGUUCCUGCUGACAUGAUCUUCUUAAGGACCUCUGAAAGAAAUGGUAAACAUCUGCUGGUCAUUCAUUCAAAUCUCCAAAACAGGAUAGUUAGGGUAAUGGCAUGUUUAAAAAGGGUGGUGAGGUGAAGGGAUUAGCCUAGAGCCAGGACAGGAAGUGUAACAAUGUCUAAAUUGUAAUUGGGUCCAGUAGGCUAUCGUUCAAAGUGAUGGUUGGGGGGGGGGACAGGUUGUGGUAGAAGACAGAAGAAGCAUGGGCUAUGCAUUUUCCCUAAGAUCUGCACUGACCAUUUUUGUCUUUUAAAUUGCAAGUUAGUUCCUAAGGAAAAUCACGAAGACAGGCAAAGUGUAGAAUAGAAAGAACAUAUCAAAUGCAAAGAGAAAACGGGGGAACCAAGGUACAAAGACGGAGCCUAAUCUGAAUAAACAAAUGUGGAAUUGGAUGAGAUUCUGAAGAGUGGUGACAGUACUCCACCACCCACUCGAUAACUAGCAGCUGUUAGGAUCCAUCAGAAAUGUGCAAUAAAACAUUUGGAGUACGAUAACCUUACACUUUUAUAAUCUUGAUUUGGAGUAACACAAACUAGAUGACACAUGCUUGGUUGUGGUUGUGCUUUCCUGUGGGGGGAGGAAAAACAACACGUUUAUUUUACUGGAAAGAGUGGUUAGUUGGUUAUCUCUCCAACACAUGGAGGCCAUUAGGUCAAUUAUGAAGAGCCUAGCUAGGCCCAGUGUUCUCAGCUAUAGACAGGCAGGCAGGAUGACGCAGACCAGGGGGAACUGGGGUUAUGGGAGGCUGUGGGGGGAUGAGGGCAGGGUUGGCAUGGAUACCUCUUCACUUUCUUGUUAAUCCCCAGAGUAAUGUGCAGUUGGGCAUCAUUCAUAUUUGAGCACUAUUUUGCAAUAAGUCAUUUGGUAAGAUAUUUUUAUGCUGAAGAUAGAGGGGAUGAAGGAUACACCAAAUAAAAUAAUGCUAGAAGUUGACGCAAGUGGCAAAAUGUACACGUUUAAAUUAUCAUUAUUUACAUAGGGUAACACAUUUAGUUUUUUAGAUAUACAGAAUGUUGUUAUUUGUACCAUGGAGGCUAUAUAACUGAAUGCUUCUGCAGUCUCUAAAGCCUACACAACGGUGCCCCCUAGAGGUGACUGUGACUCCAUUCUGGAUCAGUUAUUCUCCUCACUUCUCCUUUCUUGUUCUAGGCUCCUGCUUCCUGCGUACUGACCAGCUGGACGGAGAGACGGACUGGAAACUACGCCUCCCAGUGGCCUGUACUCAGAGACUGCCCACUGCUGCUGUGAGUCACCAGACUAGAUGGCUGAUCUGUAGUAGAACACAAUGUUGGCACUGCACUGACUGCAGAAAUAUUUAAUAAAGUAAUGCCACAUCUCAUGUUUUUUUAGGAUGUUCUUGGAAUUGUUAUCGCUUAUCGGUAAGUGACCAUGUUGUGAUUGCUCCUCCAGGACCUUCUCCAGAUCAGAUCCUAUGUGUAUGCGGAGGAACCAAACAUUGACAUCCACAACUUUAUUGGCACUUUCACCAGGGUAAGUGUUUACCUGGACAAUUCUAUUUUACUUUUCUUGAUUAAGACUAAAGAUAAUUGCCACCAUAUAUAGUGAAUGUUGAUGAAAGACUUUCUGUUUUCAUAGAGUAAUGUUCCGUACUCUUGUCUGUGUUUUGUGUCCUCUGUGCUGUGCUUUAGGAGGAUGGAGACCCUCCAGUCAAUGAGAGUCUCAGUAUUGAGAAUACCCUGUGGGCCAGCACUGUCAUCGCCUCUGGUAAAUACCAACUCGCCCGGUGGUGUGCUCUCUCUCUCUCCACGGAAGCAGCUAAUAACAUGGAAGGAACCAGUACCAGCAAUUCCAUCCCUCUCUCCCUCCAUCCAUCCCUAGAGCUGUGAUGAGGCAUUACUUCCUCCACACUUGAUGUGCUGAUGAUUUGUCCUCCUAUAUACACACACACACACACACACACACACACACACACACUGGCACAAUCAGACAUUUGGUCAUUUAAAACUAAUUCAGGGGCAGUUAACCAUAAGAGACAACAUUUCCCUAAAGGGAAAUGAGAGUCUAACCUACUGUAUUUAGCAUAUGGUAGUCAUUUGGCAAUUUGGCAAUCUAUCUCAUGCAAUACUAUCAUUAUACAUUUCAAAACAUGCAUUCACAUCAAGGGAAGUCUGCUACAUGCUUUAUUAUAUGUUAUGCUUUAUGAUUCGAGACUUGUCAGUUUAAACGUUUCAGUCAAUUACUAUAAUGUUAUUUCUCUGUAGGCACUGUGGUAGGACUAGUGAUCUACACAGGCAAGGAGCUCAGGAGUGUGAUGAACACCUCAAACCCAAGGCACAAGGUAUAUUAAUGUUUCUCACAGAUAAACUUCCUGCACAUGACGCUUUCCUUUAGCAGAUAAAGUAAUGAAAAUAUUCUGGUAGCACUUUAUUUUACGGUACUGUUUCCACUGAAACAAACAGGUAAUUCAUAGGUUAUUACUGUGUUGUUACCUUUUUACAAGGUCUUAAAAAAUGGUCAUUUAUGUACCGUAAAAUAAACCGCUACCAAUACUCAAAUAAUCAUAUCAUUUCUGUCAACAGUUGUUCCAUAAUAUUGUGUUUAGAGUGUAUUGCCUGAUGUCAUUCUCAUUCAUCAUCUCUUGUAGGUUGGCCUAUUUGACCUGGAAGUGAACUGUUUGACCAAGAUCCUGUUUGGGGCUCUGGUGGUGGUGUCUCUGGUCAUGGUGGCCCUCCAACACUUUGCCGGCCGUUGGUAUCUGCAGAUCUUCCGCUUCCUACUUCUUUUCUCCAACAUAGUCCCCAUCAGGUAGGAGUUUAACACACUUUCUAUUUAAUUUAAAUUAGAUCAUUUUAAAGCAAUAAAUAAAGUAGUAUGUAACAAAGUUUAACAGCAGGUUUAAGACCAAAAGUUGGUAUUUUCUGUUGAGGCCUACAUUUACAUAAAAUCUAUCCUUGCUUAAUUGUUAUAUCCUUAUGUACAUGUUUGAUGGACAACCUAAACCCAUUGAUAUCCAAACUAUAUAAAUAGUAUUUUAUUAAAUGAAUAAAAUGUGAACUUUGUGUCCAGCUUGCGUGUGAACCUGGACAUGGGUAAAAUGGUGUUCAGCUGGAUGAUCAGAAGAGACUCUAAGAUCCCUGGUACGGUGGUCAGGGCCAGCACUAUACCUGAACAACUGGGACGCAUCUCCUACCUGCUCACUGACAAAACAGGUCUGCUAAUUUUGUGGUUUAUAGACAUAAAUAUGUAAUUAGGGGCCGCCGGAGUAUCACGGCUAUGUGGCAGUGGACUCUGUAUUGAGCUUAAGAGGUGAGCGGGCCUCCAUAAACUUUCAGCUUAGUCAAUAUCACAUGAGAUGUAACUAUGGUAAUAAAACAGUGCAGUAUAAGGUUUGCAUAAAACUGCUUAAAAUUAAAUUUUAAAGGUAAAAUGCCUGCAUCUUGCUUUAGUGGUCAGAAGAGGACAUUGACCCAACAUGUCAGUCUGUCGUAUGAGAGAUGAUAGUGUUGAAGAUUUGCUAAGGUUAUGUUCAUUGUGACAGUGCUAGGACAAGCCUGUCCCUGGGGCUUUGGGGCUGUGUGUUACUUACUGGGUUUUUAAUCAUACGCAUGUCUGAACUAAGGCUCCUGUCUCUACACCCCCCCUUACACACACACACACAUCCUCAGGAACUGGCCUGUACCCCUCUUAAAUUUACGACCCUGACGGCCAAUAAAAUGAUACUGUAUUUUCCCAGACCGUGAUCAGGGCGAUGGGGCCUAGGGGUCAAAGGUCAAUCUAAUAUAUGUGCUGUAGGGGCCUCUCAGGUCAUCCUGAAAUACUACCUACAGAGAGAGGGGAUUUUAAAGUGUGAGGACAGUCAGGACACUGAAAGCAUGGACAGCUACUUGACUUGUAGAUCAUAGUGUGACUGUACUAAUUAUGAUAAUAAUUUGAACACCAACACUACCAUCUCGCUUCCAGCACUUCUGACACCAGUGCAUACAGUGGGGAGAACAAGUAUUUGAUACACUGCCGAUGUUGCAGGUUUUCCUACUUACAAAGCAUGUAGAGGUCUGUAAUUUUUAUCAUAGGUACACUUCAACUGUGAGAGACGGAAUAUAAAACAAAAAUCCAGAAAAUCACAUUGUAUGAUUUUUAAGUAAUUAAUUUGCAUUUUAUUGCAUGAUAUAAGUAUUUGAUACAUCAGAAAAGCAGAACUUAAUAUUUGGUACAGAAACCUUUGUUUGCAAUUACAGAGAUCAUACGUUUCCUGUAGGUCUUGACCAGGUUUGCACACACUGCAGCAGGGAUUUUGGCCCACUCCUCCAUACAGACCUUCUCCAGAUCCUUCAGGUUUCGGGGCUGUCGCUGGGCAAUACGGACUUUAAGCUCCCUCCAAAGAUUUUCUAUUGGGUUCAGGUCUGGAGACUGGCUAGGCCACUCCAGGACCUUGAGAUGCUUCUUACGGAGCCACUCCUUAGUUGCCCUGGCUGUGUGUUUCGGGUCGUUGUCAUGCUGGAAGACCCAGCCCCUUCCCAUCUUCAAUGCUCUUACUGAGGGAAGGAGGUUGUUGGCCAAGAUCUCACGAUACAUGGCCCCAUCCAUCCUCCCCUCAAUACGGUGCAGUUGUCCUGUCCCCUUUGCAGAAAAGCAUCCCCAAAGAAUGAUGUUUCCACCUCCAUGCUUCACGGUUGGGAUGGUGUUCUUGGGGUUGUACUCAUCCUUCUUCUUCCUCCAAACACGGCGAGUGGAGUUUAGACCAAAAAGCUCUAUUUUUGUCUCAUCAGACCACAUCAUCUUCUCCCAUUCCUCCUAUGGAUCAUCCAGAUGGUCAUUGGCAAACUUCAGAUGGGCCUGGACAUGCGCUGGCUUGAGCAGGGGGACCUUGCGUGCGCUGCAGGAUUUAAAUCCAUGACGGCGUAGUGUGUUACUAAUGGUUUUCUUUGAGACUGUGGUCCCAGCUCUCUUCAGGUCAUUGACCAGGUCCUGCCGUGUAGUUCUGGGCUGAUCCCUCACCUUCCUCAUGAUCAUUGAUGCCCCACGAGGUGAGAUCUUGCAUGGAGCCCCAGACCGAGGGUGAUUGACCGUCAUCUUGAACUUCUUCCAUUUUCUAAUAAUUGUGCCAACAGUUGUUGCCUUCUCACCAAGCUGCUUGCCUAUUGUCCUGUAGCCCAUCCCAGCCUUGUGCAGGUCUACAAUUUUAUCCCUGAUGUCCUUACACAGCUCUCUGGUCUUGGCCAUUGUGGAGAGGUUGGAGUCUGUUUGAUUGAGUGUGUGGACAGGUGUCUUUUAUACAGGUAACGAGUUCAAACAGGUGCAGUUAAUACAGGUAAAGAGUGGAGAACAGGAGGGCUUCUUAAAGAAAAACUAACAGGUCUGUGAGAGCCUGAAUUCUUACUGGUUGGUAGGUGAUCAAAUACUUAUGUCAUGCAAUAAAAUGCAAAUUAAUUACUUAAAAAUCAUACAAUGUGAUUUUCUGGAUUUUUGUUUUAGAUUCCGUCUCUCACAGUUGAAGUGUACCUAUGAUAAAAAUUACAGACCUCUACAUGCUUUGUAAGUAGGGAAACCUGCAAAAUCGGCAGUGUAUCAAAUACUUGUUCUCCCCACUGUAUAACCCCACGAUCAGUAGAAAUUUUACAAAUAGUAUAAAUUGUGGUUGUGUAUUUGAUGCAGGGACUCUCACCCAGAAUGAGAUGGUGUUCCGUCGCCUCCAUCUUGGAACGGUGGCCUAUGGAAUGGACUCCAUGGACGAGGUGCAGAGCCACGUGUUCAGUGCCUACACACAGGUAAACAAUAACCGUGUCCACCGAGCCAUAUAGCGAUAGUUGUGGCGCACAUAGAGCGUCAUUGACAGAAACGGCCAAACUCGCUAUGUAGACCUGUGGCUCUGCAUCAGUCCAUAUGGGCUGUGGGCAACGAAUGUAGUACUAAUCGGUGAGACCAGUCAAUGCUUGAAAACUCAAAACUAAUUCUGUGCGAAAACAAAUAACAACCCUUAUCUUUAGGGCAUAUUUUUUUGCCAGCAUAUCAGCUAUGUGAUUACUGUUUGGCUGAAUGCUUCCCGACCCCUAAUGACACUCUUUGUCCCUUUGACACCAGAGGUUAGUGGAGAAGGAAACCGGAUUAGCCACUAGCCCCAGAGCCCACUAGCACUGACCUGCCCUAGUUUAAUGACUCCACCAUUAACCCCUGUGGAAACACAACCCCCAGCCUAAAAAUAGCAGCAGCAAGAUGCUAAAGCUAAUUGUUCAUAUUUCUUCUUUCGUCACACACCUGGUUGUGUUUACUUGGCGUGGGUCUUUCUGUGUAUGGUAUGAAUGAAUAGGGUAGGAAUUAGUCAAAUGGCUUUGUGGUAGUCAUUUUGGAACUGAGUAAGUUCAGAGAAGUGUUCUGUUUUAGCGCUACAAAACACAUACAGUAUAUUCCAUAUACUUUGUUGCCAUAGUUACUGUAUAAGGCAGCUCACAGGUACAUGUACUGUAUAUAUAUUUCCCCCACAAAUCAUUUAUUUAUCUGAUGACUGUUUGUCAAUUAAUGAUUAGCUGAGAAAAAAAGUUUGGUUACAAAAAAAACGCUCUACCAAUGAUUGAAAACCUUGCAGGUAGACAGAUUCUUAUAAUCCAACUCAGUCGGCUAUAUUUUCUUUUCUACACCUUCCUCCCCACAGUCCUCUCAUGACCUCCCAGCAUCCAGAGCUCCGGCGGCCACUAAGGUUCGUAAGACCAUCAGCAGCCGUGUACAUGAGGCGGUGAAGGCCAUCGCCCUGGUGCACUGUGUGACACCCGCGUACGAGGCCAACGGCGUGACGGACCAGGCCGAGGCAGAGCAGCAUUAUGAGGACACCUGCAGGGUUUACCAGGCCGCCAGCCCAGACGAGGUACACAACGGCUCACCCUAACUACUAGACAUAGCGGUCCAAAAACACAGCAACCGGGGGUUGUUAGUAUUUUAUACAAAUAAUGAAUUAACAGUUUACAUUUGCUCUGUGAGGUUAUAAUAUUGUCCUUUGUUAAAGAUAGACCAACAUAUAUAAAAAAAUUGCCUGUUAGAAAUGUUAAAAGUUAAAAGAUGGUGAGAGUCACUUCAAGUGAUUUUGUAGUUUGAACCCUUUGCUGCCUGCUGCCUUUGAAGGAAACCUUGAGGAGACAAAUUACAGGUGUGCCUAGCUGUGUCAUUGAUCACUAUGAAUCCUUUGAACUCCAGGAAGAAGGCUGAGGAGGAAUUCAGCUUGAUCCAUUUCCUGCAGUGUAAAUACGGAUUUCCUUAAUGUGCUCCUCAGUUUAUUGAAUUUCACUUAACCUAUCCCCCUUUGAAUUGCCUACCUUAGUAUUAGAUACUUUGAUAUGGCCCACAGCUGUUGCUUUGUGGUGAGCUGUGGCCUAUUGUAUGCUCAACUUCAUGCAAUACAAGCAUUUUUUUAUGUAUAUGUUCUUGAAACUCAUGUCCUGUUCCAAGAUUUCUCACAGGUUACAAUAUCAGUCAAUGUGUAGCUAUUUCCUUUCUUGAUUUAAUGUUUUUGCUGUUGUUACAAUAGGUAUAUUGUAUCAGCUUGAUAUGAUCUUUGCUCAAAUUCAGUUUGGUUUGCUAUGGCUUCUCAGGAAGUCUAUAUAUAGAUAUGGUGUUGACUGUUGGCUGCCGGUGGUAGUGGUCACAAUGUCAGUGGCAGUUGCAUGCAUGGUUUUUAGUAGGAGUCCAAUCUUAAGCCAUUUAUCUAACUUGUUUUGUUGGAUGUGAUACAGGUAACUGCCAAAAUAAAGGAAAUACCAACUGAGUGUCUUAAUAGGGUUUUGGCCACCACGAGCCGCCAGAACAGCUUCAAUGCACUUUGGCAUCGAUUCUACAAGUGUCUGGAACUCUAUUGGAGGUAUGCAACACCAUUCUUCCACGAGAAAUUCCAUCAUUUUGUGUUUUGUUGAUGGUGGUGGAAAACCCUGUCUCAGUCGCCGCUCCAGAAUCACUGUUCAAUUGGGUUGAGAUCUGGAGACUGAGACGGCUAUGGCAUAUCGUGAAACAUCAGCAAGAUGAGCAGUCUUCGUUACUGAAGCUCCUGCCAAACAUGCCCCAUCAAUCACUCCUCUUUCAAAGUCACUGAGAUGUCUUCUUCUAGCCAUGGUAGACAAAAUAUUUGGCAACUGGGCCUGCCCAGUAUUUUUAUACAUGACUUUAAGCAUGAUGGGAUGUUAAUUCCACACCUGUGCUUUGAUUAUACUUUGUAUCCCUCAUUUACUCAAGUGUUUUCUUUAUUUUGGCAGUUACCUGUACAUGUUUGGCAGAUAUAACCAGUUUUUUAAUUACAUCAAAAUGAAUAGUCCUGGUUGUUGUGUGGAGUUAUUUUUCCACAACUUAUGCCUUUACAUCUGCUUAUUUAGCAUAUCAUAUUUAAUAUGUCUAAUUGUGACAUCUACUUAAGAGAAGUGUGUUACUAUAAAAAAAGACUGAAGAGUAUGAAGUAUUUCCUGAGUGUUCCACUUCCAAGCAGGACCAAUAAGUACUUUAGCUUCUGCCAAGCUGUGGUUUUCACUCCAGACAUUUGCCAGUAGCAGAUCCAGGUCAAUUAAAUCCUAGACAUUCCCAUUGCUAGGUGGUGCUGUUGUGGUGGAGGCCGAUUCACUGCAUGUCUCCAUAGUGAAUGUAGCCUUACUAAUGUUACCAGGACUAAGUCAAACUCCUCAUUCUCCCCAACAUGUAUGACCAACACACAAGGUAGUCAGAGCUUUAUUGACCAUUAUGGAGUUCAGCUCAGGUCUACCAUUAGCCAAGCAUAGCCUCAGGCCAAAUAUGAACAUAAAAUAAGUAUUGUUUGUUAGCUGGAAGAGGCUUGGUUUGGGACUGGACUUUGGGAGUGUUUAGGGUCCAAUUGAUGCCUCUUCCUGUCCAUCUGAGAUUUAAAUUAGAGACCUGUCAGUGUAGGCAUGAGGGAUGAAUUGUGUUUUUGAUCUUGUGCUGGUGGUCUGGAAGUUAUUGGGAAAAAAUUACUUAUGUUUGGCUUUAUCCUCAUGUGCCCUUCAAAAGAGACCAGAAAGAACAUGUGGCAUGGUCUUUUAAAAUUGUCUUCAUAGUUUGUCAAUCAAUACUCUGAGUGCAGAAAAUGCUUUUAUUGUUGAUUUGAGCUGAGGUAGAGCUGUGCUCUUUGAUGUGCUACUCAGAUUUAUAUUUCCUGUUUAUUCAUUUGUCCUGUGAAAAGGUACAUCAUGUUAAUCUCUUGUGGACAGACUACAUAAACAUAAAUGGUACCGUAGAUCUGUCAUGAUACAACGGUAUGUGUGAGAUCAGCAGCAUUAGUUCCAGUGCUUGGGUUUUUCGUCACUGGUUAUUUGGACAAAUCAUGAUUUCGCAGGUGUUAGUAUCUUUCGAAUUUUGGAAGGAGAGGGGACAUUUGGCCCAUAGACUUGCCCGUAACUUGCAAAGAGAGAAGGUGGAGCUCUUCGUUCCGGUUCCGCUACUAGUUUUCUAUCUCUUCUCUUAACCCAUAUGGACCCAGAACUUAAUUGAGCAUGUGACCAAUUAUGGUCCAUUCUCCUUUUACCCCAUCAAAUUGAUCUAUUUUUAUAACCACCCAUUCACCAAACUGUUGCUAGGUGUCGCUGGUGCAGUGGACAGAGAGUGUGGGUCUGACCCUGGUUGGACGGGACCACAACUCCAUGCAGCUGAGGGCUCCCAGUGGACAGAUCCUGAACUUCACCAUCCUGCAGAUAUUCCCCUUCACCUACGAGAGCAAGCGGAUGGGAAUCAUAGUUCGAGUGAGUGCUGCUGACUGGGAUAUGAAUUUGGUUUGAAAAUUCAAAUUUGAGUCAUCCCUUUAUAGUUGCCAGAGGUGUAUGCCUUCCUGAGCUGAUCUAAUGUAUUGUGGAAGAUAAUUUGUAUUUUGCUUGCCAACUGUUGUGGAUGUAACUGCUCUUUUGAAAGAUCCAUUUUAUAGCUCAUAUCAGUAGGUGCCAACUGUUUGGGGCCAACGGCUCUUUUGGAAGAUACAUUUUAUGGCUUUUGAACCUGGGCAUUGAUCCAUUUAUCUAUCAAGAUGAAGGCUGAUCUAAGAAAUACUUUACCCUGCUCUGACCUCGAUGACUAAGUCUCUGUGCUGUCUGCAUGACUAGCUAUUGUUGUUGGCUUGGAUAGACCUGGUAUAAAUCUAAUUCAGGAAAGCUGGGAUUAAACUUUGCUUCCUCAAGAGAAUAUUUUCAAACAUGUUUGAGACCCAUUGUGUACAUUAACACCAAAAUAAGUUUCCCUUUCUAAGCAACCAACCGACAAUAAUAAACUCAUCCUGUAUGUGCAUCUCUACACAGGUGCUGAGAGUAGGGGGGGAAACCCCUGAGUGCACCUUAUUGAUUGAUGUGAAUGUUUUUCUUCUAUUUUGUUCGUCAAGCAUUGAAUUAAGGUAAUGACAGUGAAUGGUCUGUUUUACAGGAUGAGUCCACAGGAGAAAUGACCUUCUACAUGAAGGGUGCAGACGUGGUGAUGGCAGGCAUCGUCCAGUAUAAUGAUUGGCUGGAAGAAGAAGUAUUUUUGGUUUCUUCUAUUAAAACACGUCAUUUUAGCUUUUAGUUUUAAUAAAUGACCACCAUGAAUUUACUAUAUCGUGUUGAGUUCAUCUUUAGGGUUUUGCUGUAGGAGUCCUUGUGUAUGUUUGAACAUUCUGAUAUUAAUGCUUUGGUGAUGCUUUUGCUCUUUCUUCCAGUGUGGAAAUAUGGCCAGGGAAGGCCUGAGGGUCUUGGUUGUUUCUAAGAAGUCUCUAACAGAGGAACAGUACCAAGACUUUGAGGUUAGUAGCAUCCCCUCUGUCUUUGAACGAGCUUCAAUGUAACUGUCAUCAUCACGUUGAUCCAUAGAGUAUGGGACUGUGCAGUAACCCAAGCCAACAGAAGGAGGAUGAUGUUUAGAUAGAGAAUGAAUUGACUGUCCUGAGUAACCAAGCCCACCGUGAGCGACCUUGACAUUUCAGUGUAUCAUAGCCAUUUGGCAAACUAAUUAGUGAGGCUGAAGCCCAGGGUAUCCAUCUUGGUUUGAGCACAUCCACAUAGUGUCGUAAAUAGAAGAGGAAUUCCUUUUGAUCAACGUCUGGGUAUGACAUGUGAAACCAGGUGUGGUAAUAUUCUUACAACAACAUGAAUUGUUUACUUUUACUAGUUGAUGCACCUCCCUCUCCAUGUGUUGUUUUUAGUUUACCAGUAUAGUAUUAUUAUUAUUAUUAUUAUUAUUAUUAUUAGUGCCACUCCUCACACUCCUUAUGAGAUUAAAUACAUUUAUAUUUGUGUUGGAUGACAAUUUGUUUAUCUUCCUCCACAAAAUACACUCUUUUCAGGUGUUGUCUUGGAGUUGUCAUGUCCUCUCAAGUAUUUUAUAUCUGCUAGGUAGCCUACCUGCCAACAACAACAAAUACAAAAACAAAAUAGUUUCCACAGAUACUCACCAUUGUUCUUAAGAUGUCAAAGUGUGUUGUUUGAUACUCGGAUAUCCCUCCCUCCCUCCCUCCCUCCCUCCCUCCCUCACACACACACACACACACACACACACUCUCCCAUUCUCAAUGCAGGGUGAGCGGGCGGAUGGGUGGGCAGUGUCUCCCCUGCAGCUCCACCAGGCCCAUUGCUGGAGUGUAUAAUUGUGUGAGCUGGCUGGUGGGCGGUGGUGACUCACCAGCUAAGUGACUCACACACAAAGCUUGUGUUCCUGAGUGAGUCACUCGGAUAGUUUUUGCUUUAUCUCCUCUGAAAAUUGCCCUCUGAGCUGGAGACUGCUGGCCAUUUACUUGCUCCUUCCAAAUCCUUCUCAUCCAAAACAUGUUAUAUUUGAUGAUUUUGUAUGUUUGACAGUUAAUAAAUCGAACUAGCUAAACUCCAAUAUGCUAUAUUCAGAUAAAGUCAUACAAUCCAAAUAUUUUCACCACAUUUCUCCUGUUACUUUCUCCACAGGCCCGAUACGUCCAGGCCAAGCUGAGUGUGCACGACCGGUCUCUGAAGGUUGCCACGGUGAUCGAGAGCCUGGAGAUGGAGAUGGAGCUGCUGUGUCUGACUGGGGUGGAGGACCAACUGCAGGCUGACGUACGGCCCACCCUGGAGAUCCUACGCAAUGCAGGCAUCAAGGUCAGGGGUCACCGGGGCAGGGGGGAGACGGCCGUAUAGCAACAAUUCACUUCAAUACAUUUUACAUUUACAUUUGAGUCAUUUAGCAGACGCUCUUAUCCAGAGUGCAUACAUUUUCAUACUUUUUUUCAAUACACUUUAUUUAUCUCUGGGGUUUAUGCCCUCUGAAACUGUUGUUAUGUGUUGUGUCAUUGUAUGAAUGUUAAAGCGUGUUAAUCACACAGAAAUGUAAUUUUAAAACUGUAUUACCUGUGUAGGUGUGGAUGUUAACUGGAGACAAGCUGGAAACAGCCACGUGCACGGCUAAGAACGCCCAUCUGGUGACCCGCAACCAGGACAUCCACAUCUUUAGAUCGGUGAGUGGAGAAGCAGUAGAGGACAUUUUUCUGUUCAACCACUGCACUUUGAAUAUAAUGUUUAUUGUGGAUUAGAAUAAAUAGCUUUAGCAUACGGGGUCAUUCCAAGUUCAUCGGGUCAUCCACAGUUUCCUGUCGUCUGCGCUGACCUCAUGGGGACAUCCAUCCUCUGUGUGGUGAAGGCCCAUAGCUGUGCUUAUGUAGUCCCCAAGCAAUUUUAACCCAGCCCAGCCCAGCUAGGAUCCACUGGCUAUUUGGUCAGCCCAACAAUAAAUCACUUCUCACAAGAAUAAGCAUUCAAACCAGUGUCAACCAGACCAGAGCCUUCCAGACCUGGGUUCAAAUACUAUUUGAUAUCGUUUCAUAAACUUAAGCUGUGCUUGACUGGCACUACAAGCAGUCUAAAAUAAACACUUAUAGUACAUGGAUUUGAACUAUUUUAAAUACUAUUUGACCCCAGGUCUGGAAACAGGCCUGUGAGGACCAGCUGAGCCACUUCCUGAGGGAACACAAAGACAGAGAACCUAACUUUCUAAUUUGUUUUGCAGGCUUAGCUCUCAAACUGCACAAUUGCUUUGAUAGUCUGUUGACUUCCCCUUUGGCUUUCGUCUAGUUGCAGAAAAGCUUGCCUGCCAUAGGAAGGUUAGGACUUGCGUACAACAGUUGUUACUGGAAGAGGAUAACAAUGACUGGCACAGCAUGACAACAAUCCCUUUGCUUCUCCCAGCAGAGCAGGGCAGGCAGGGGCUGUGACUGUUGAGUGGUCCAAUAGCCAAGGCAUCUGCUAUUGGCUUCCUGGUUCGACACAAAUGGCACUGGGUUGAAGACUUGACGUAUGAACAGGCAAUAGAAGAGGAAUAUAGCCAUACUAGUGCAGAACAUUGGUUGACAGAUUGAUGUCUUGUUGUCAUUUCCAGUUCCACAUUUUUGGAAUUCCAAGUACACAUAUAAGUUUGACACAGUUGCAGAAACUAUGGGAUGUGUUCUUGUUAAUAUGGACCUCAGGUUAGAAAAUUUGCCCUAUUGCAAUGUCCACACAAUCAACCUCCAUAUUUCAUAAGAAAUAGUAGUCUAUAUAAACCCACAAAAUCAGCCAUGGUUGAGCGGGUUCAUGUCCUGGUCGUCAUUAUGGUUUCAUACCUUACAUCCUGUUUCCAUUGAUCAUCCUUGAGAUGUUUCUACAACUUGAUUGGAGUCCAACUGUGGUAAAUCCAAUUGAUUGGACAUGAUUUGGAAAGGCACACACCUAUCUACAGUGGGGGAAAAAAGUAUUUAGUCAGCCACCAAUUGUGCAAGUUCUCCCACUUAAAAAGAUGAGAGAGGCCUGUAAUUUUCAUCAUAGGUACACGUCAACUAUGACAGACCCAAAAAAAAUCCAGAAAAUCACAUUGUAGGAUUUUUAAUGAAUUUAUUUGCAAAUUAUGGUGGAAAAUAAGUAUGUGGUCAAUAACAAAAGUUUCUCAAUACUUUGUUAUAUACCCUUUGUUGGCAAUGACACAGGUCAAAUGUUCUCUGUAAGUCUUCACAAGGUUUUCACACACUGUUGCUGGUAUUUUGGCCCAUUCCUCCAUGCACAUCUCCUCUAGAGCAGUGAUGUUUUGGGGCUGUCGCUGGGCAACACGGACUUUCAACUCCCUCCAAAGAUUUUCUAUGGGGUUGAGAUCUGGAGACUGGCUAGGCCACUCCAGGACCUUGAAAUGCUUCUUACGAAGCCACUCCUUCGUUGCCCGGGCGGUGUGUUUGGGAUCAUUGUCAUGCUGAAAGAUCCAGCCACGUUUCAUCUUCAAUGCCCUUGCUGAUGGAAGGAGGUUUUCACUCAAAAUCUCACGAUACAUGGCCCCAUUCAUUCUUUCCUUUACACGGAUCAGUCGUCCUGGUCCCUUUGCAGAAAAACAGCCCCAAAGCAUGAUGUUUCCACCCCCAUGCUUCACAGUAGGUAUGGUGUUCUUUGGAUGCAACUCAGCAUUCUUUGUCCUCCAAACACGACGAGUUGAGUUUUUACCAAAAUGUUAUAUUUUGGUUUCAUCUGACCAUAUGACAUUCUCCCAAUCCUCUUCUGCAUAAUCCAAAUGCACUCUAGCAAACUUCAGACGGGCCUGGACAUGUACUGGCUUAAGCAGGGGGACACGUCUGGCACUAAAGGAUUUGAGUCCCUGGCGGCGUAGUGUGUUACUGAUGGUAGGCUUUGUUACUUUGGUCCCAGCUCUCUGCAGGUCAUUCACUAGGUCCCCCCGUGUGGUUCUGGGAUUUUUGCUCACCGUUCUUGUGAUCAUUUUGACCCCACGGGGUGAGAUCUUGCGUGGAGCCCCAGAUCGAGGGAGAUUAUCAGUGGUCUUGUAUGUCUUCCAUUUCCUAAUAAUUGCUCCCACAGUUGAUUUCUUCAAACCAAGCUGCUUACCUAUUGCAGAUUCAGUCUUCCCAGCCUGGUGCAGGUCUACAAUUUUGUUUCUGGUGUCCUUUGACAGCUCUUUGGUCUUGGCCAUAGUGGAGUUUUGAGUGUGACUGUUUGAGGUUGUGGACAGGUGUCUUUUAUACUGAUAACAAGUUCAAACAGGUGCCAUUAAUACAGGUAACGAGUGGAGGACAGAGGAGCCUCUUAAAGAAGAAGUUACAGGUCUGUGAGAGCCAGAGAUCUUGCUUGUUUGUAGGUGACCAAAUACUUAUUUUCCACCAUAAUUUGCAAAUAAAUUCAUUAAAAAUCCUACAAUGUGAUUUUCUGGAUUCUUUUUUCUCAAUUUGUCUGUCAUAGUUGACGUGUACCUAUGAUGAAAAUUACAGGCCUCUCUCAUCUUUUUAAGUGGGAGAACUUGCACAAUUGGUGGCUGACUAAAUACUUUUUUCCCCCACUGUAUGUUCAACAUUUAACAGUUGAUCAGUUCACCCUGAUGCUAAUCUAGAGUGUGGGUGACAGUUGCAGUCAGGAGAGCAGCUACUCCUGCUGCUGUGGGUUAGAUAGCUAUCUGUGUGUCUGUGACGUGAUGGUAAGCGAUAUACUGUCUGUGGUCCUAGGUGACAACACGAGGAGAGGCCCAUCUGGAGCUCAAUGCUUUCAGGAGGAAACACGACUGUGCUCUGGUCAUAUCAGGGGACUCACUGGAGGUAAGCUGAGCAUCGUCCUCACUCUGAACACUUUACCUUAUCUGUGUAAACCAAACCAAAGCACUGUUACUGAAGAGGCCUUUGGUGGUGGCUGUGGUAUUGGUAAGAGUCAGUCUAACAUUGGUUAAAGUUUAACUGAGACGCUUGUGAAACGUCAGCCGGUGUUGAGUCUUAUCCAAUCACACUGCUGUAUUGUUUUGGGUCUCAAUUGACAACUGCCUAGAUAAAUGUAACAGACGUUGAGGAAGGAGUUUAUAUCAUUGAUAAAGAUCCAGACAUAAACCACAGUUGGUCGUUGGUCCCAGUUGUUGUUCAACCCUCAUCUAUCAUACUCUGCUUCUCCUGCAGGUGUGUCUGAAGUUCUAUGAGUAUGAGUUUAUGGAGCUGGCGUGUCAGUGUCCUGCGGUGGUGUGUUGUCGCUGCGCUCCGACCCAGAAGGCCCAGAUAGUCCGGCUGCUGCAGGAGCGCACAGGCAAACUCACCUGUGCUGUAGGUGAGUCUCCCCAGUGUCAGCCCCAAGCCUUUCUCUAUUGGGACAUUACAGGAGUUAACAAAUAGGCUACUCUCAAUUCAGCUCACUGAAACUCUCCAAUGACAUUUCACUGCAGGGUUACUGACCUGUACGAUUUAAGAUAUUGAAUGGUAUUGUUUUCAUGAUAUAAACUUGAUAAACAGUUUUCAUCAUAGUAUUUGCUUUGGGUAAUGAUUGAUGUCCGAUCGAGGGAGUCGCACGCACACACAGACAGACAGACAGGCAGGCAGACACAGACAGACACACGAACACACACACACACACACACACAAAGCCCUCUCUGCUGUGAGUCACAUUAACAGACGUGUUCCUCCUGACACUUCCACUGUCUGUUUGUUUUCUCUUAGGGGAUGGAGGAAACGAUGUCAGCAUGAUCCAGGAAGCCGACUGUGGCGUGGGAGUGGAGGGCAAAGUAAGAAUCUCUCUGUCCCUGUCACACACACUGUCCCUGUCACCCUGAUGCUUUCACACACACACUGUCGCUGCUGUCAGCCUGUGCCGUGUGUUUGCUGGGAGCUGGCUCCCCUCUGGCCAGAGCACCUUUUAACAUCCAUUUGUCACUAUGUCAUUUCAUGCACAGAUGAUUCCCUUUUGACUGUGUGAAAACAUGUCAUGGGUGUAGAGGAAAUGAAUGUGACGUUGUCUUCUGACAAUGUGGUAUUGUCUUCUGUUCUGAUUGGGACUUCUUGAACUGUAGUACUGACAGGUCAACCAUGUAGAGUUCCUACCUUAUUGACACCUUGCUAUGGACCAGAGCUCCACAUAAAGUCAGUAGUUGGUAGAUAUUGAUUUAACUGUGGCAGAAAUAGGGAACUUGUUUCCUCUAAACCUUUCUUUAUAUACACUCGUAAAAAGUGUUAUGCUGGUUACCAAAGACCUUUGCUAACCUUUUCUAAAUGUAUCUUAGAAUGUCUUAAAAAUUCCACCACCAUGUUGUUGGUUGACAGGAAGGGAAACAGGCAUCGCUGGCUGCAGACUUCUCUGUGACUCAGUUCAAGCACUUGGGCAGACUCCUCAUGGUCCACGGGCGGAACAGCUACAAGAGAUCCGCCGGCCUCUCCCAGUUCGUCAUCCACCGGAGCCUGUGCAUCAGCACCAUGCAGGUAGGCAGGACCAGGGUACCAAAUGGUGGAGUGGAGUGGGGUGGGGAGUGAGUCAGGAUCUGGGUACCAAAUGGUGGAAUUGGGUGGGGAGUGAGCCAGGACCAGGGUACCAAAUGGUGGAGCGGGGUGGGGAGUGUGUCAGGACCAGGGUACCAAAUGGUGGAGUGGAGUGAGGAGUGUCAGGACAGGGAGUGCCAGCAGCUUCUCUGGAAGCCUCGUCACCAUGCAGCACCAGCACCAGAGCCCCAGAGGCAGUGGGUAGUGAGAGUACCUAGGGCCAGGCAUAGAGAGGUGGAGCAGGGUGGGGAGUGAGUCAGAGCAGGGGACCCCAGGAGCUCUUCUGGGAGGCCCCGUCCUUCAGCGUCUAAUCCCCAGCCUCAGCCCUAGUGAGUACCACAGCCCAAGCACCAGGCCAGCUCUUCAGCCCUAUAGUCUCCCAGACCAGGCCAUAGACUCGUUCGGGAGGCCCCCAAUGUGUCUCGGAUUAACGCUGCCCCCAACCACAGCUGUUAACCCCCAGGAGUCGAUGUCCGCGCCCUCGCGGAAAUCUAAUUAGCAUAAUAAAAAAUCUGUAAUGCCAUGAGUGUGCAAAGCUGUAUUCAAGGCAAAGGGUGGCUAUUUGAAGAAUCUCAAAUAUGAAAUAUAUUUGGAUUUGUUUAACACUUUUUUGGUUACUACAUGAUUCCAUAUGUUUUGAUGUCUUCACUAUUAUUCUACAAUGUAAAAAAUUGUAAAAAUAAAGAAAAAUCUUUGAAUGAGUAGGUGUGUCCAAACUUUUGACUGGUAGUGUAUAUCUUCUUGAUACUUCAAGAGGUCUUAAAAUUCGAAGUCAAAUAGCAAAAUGGUCCUUGGUAUGACCUUCUUAAAAUAAUUCCAUAUAGCUUAAAUGAAAGUAAUAAGUAUAUUGUUUUGAAAAUGAUGUAAAUUAUGUUUUGUAGUAGUGUAUUACAGUUCUCAAUAUGAAAUGAACCCCCCCAACCCUACCACCCCUCCCCUGAUUGGAGUAAAUUAACGGACAACAGUACGUCUUCUGCUGCUACUUACAGCUAUUUUCGCUAACAUGUACGAUAUUUGUAGUUAAAUAAUUAUACAUAUAUUUCAAAUUUCCUCUUUCUGCAAGUGCUGGAUUUUCACCCACAGCAGCCAAUCCACCAUUAAUUCUGAUCUUAACUCCUACCCGCCAAUGUACACAGAUUAACUCCUCUUUCACAGUAUAAUACAAUUUUGCUAUGAUGAUGACUCAUUCAUGAUCUCUUCUUCCCCCAGGCUGUCUUCUCCUCUGUCUUCUACUUUGCGUCUGUCCCCCUCUACCAAGGAUUUCUCAUUAUUGGGUGAGCUGAGCUGAGCUGAUCUUUUCUCAAUAGCAGUGGCUUAUCAGGAUGGCAUUUCAGCUAUGUGUUAGUCGUGUUGCUAUGACAUUGAGAUUGUGUUGACAUAUUGUUGCAUUGGGUUGAAUGUAGAAAAAAUAUGAAAUUACUUUAACCCUGCUGAGUCAUCAAAAUCUAAUUAAAAGACCCUCUUCAGCCUUAGAAUGGAGCUCAGAGCACUCCAUUGACGUCUGUGAGAAUUUAUAUAAGUAACCAUACUUGAAUAAGCUUCAGCUUUAAUUUUAUAUCCAGCAUAAAUCGAUUUUGAGAAAUGUCAGGAAAUGAGAUGCCUGAAAUGUUCUAUCGUUUGGGGAAAAAUGUAAUAACUGUAUUUGUUACAUUUACCUGCCUAACUUCUCAGUUAAAACAUAGUUUCUGUGUUUAAUUUCUUACAUAAAUCAUUGAUCAAUUCCCAUUAAAUUGUUAAUGUUCUUUAUUCUAGCUACUCCACCAUCUACACCAUGUUCCCUGUGUUCUCCCUCGUGUUGGAUAAAGAUGUCAAGUCAGAAGUAGCUAUGCUCUAUCCUGAGUUAUAUAAGGAUCUCCUAAAAGUAAUACACUGUCUGCAUUAUUUGACUUUAUUGGCUGUAUAAUAUGGCCGUAUAAUAUGGCUGUAUAAUAUGACUGUAGAAAUGGCUGUAGAAUAUGGCUGUAUAAUAUUGCUGUAUAAUAUGACUGAAAAUAUGCAUUAUAUCAAAAUAAUCUACUGCAUAAAUUUCCAUAACCUUCAGAGUAGUAUACAGUGGCUUGCGAAAGUAUUCACCCCCCUUGGCAUUUUUCCUAUUUUGUUGCCUUACAACCUGGAAUGAAAAUUGAUUUUUGGGGGGUUUGUAUCAUUUGAUUUACACAACAUGCCUACCACUUUGAAGAUGCAAAAUAUUUUUUCUUGUGAAACAAACAAGAAAUAAGACAAAAAAAACAGACAACAUGAGCGUGCAUAACUAUUCACCUACCCAAAGUCAAUACUUUGUAGAGCCACCAGCAAUUACAGCUGCAAGUCUCUUGGGGUAUGUCUCUAUAAGCUUGGGAUUUUUGCCCAUUCUUCAAGGCAAAACUUCUCCAGCUCCUUCAAGUUGGAUGGGUUCUGCUGGUGUACAGCAAUCUUUAAGUCAUACCACAGAUUCUCAAUUGGAUUGAUGUCUGGGCUUUGACUAGGCCAUUCCAAGACAUUUAAAUGUUUCCGCUUAAACCACUCGAGUGUUGCUUUAGCAGUAUGCUUAGGGUCAUUGUCCUGCUGGAAGGUGAACCUCCGUCCCAGUCUCAAAUCUCUGGAAGACUGAAACAGGUUUCCCUCAAGAAUUUCCCUGUAUUUAUCGCCAUCCAUCAUUCCUUCAAUUCUGACCAGUUUCCCUGUCCCUGCCGAUGGAAAAACAUCCCCACAGCAUGAUGCUGCCACCACCAUGCUUCACUGUGGGGAUGGUGUUCUCUGGGUGAUGAGAGGUGUUGGGUUUGCGCCAGACAUAGCGUUUUCCUUGAUGGCCAAAAAGCUCAAUUUUAGUCUCAUCUGAGCAGAGUAUCUUCUUCCAUAUGUUUGGGGAGUCUCCCAAACAUGUUUGCUUAUUUUUUCUUUAAGCAAUGGCUUUUUUCUGGCCACUCUUCAGUAAAGCCCAGCUCUGUGGAGUGUACAGCUUAAAGUGAUCCUAUGGACAAAUACUCCAAUCUCCGCUGUGGAGAUUUGCAGCUCCUUCAGGGUUAUCUUUGGUCUCUUUGUUGCCUCUCUGAUUAAUGCCCUCCUUGCCUGGUCCGUGAGUUUUGGUGGGCGGCCCUCUCUUGGCAGGUUUGUUGUGGGGCCAUAUUCUUUCAAUUUUUUAAUAAUGGAGUUAAUGGGGCUCCGUGGAUGUUCAAAGUGUCUGAUAUUUUUUUAUAACCCAAUCCUGAUCUGUACUUCUCCACAACUUUGUCCCUGACCUGUUUGGAGAGCUCGUUGGUCUUCAUGGUGCCGCUUGCUUGGUUUUGGCCCUUGCUUAGUGGUGUUGCAGACUCUGCGGCCUUUCAGAACAGGUGUAUAUAUACAUUUACAUUUACAUUUACGUCAUCUAGCAGACGCUCUUAUCCAGAGCGACUUACAAAUUGGUGCAUUCAACUUAUGAUAGCCAGUGGGACAACCACUUUUUUGUUUGUUUUUUGUUUUUUUGUUUUUUUUAUGGGGGGGUCGAAGGAUUACUUUUAUACUAUUCCAGGUAUUCCUUAAAGAGGUAGGGUUUCAAGUGUCUCCGGAAGGUGGUCAGUGACGCCGCUGUCCUGGCGUCGUGGGGGAGCUUGUUCCACCAUUGGGGUGCCAGAGCAGCGAAUAGCUUUGACUGGGCUGAGCGGGAACUGUGCUUCCGUAGAGAUAGGGGGGCUAGCAGGCCAGAGGUGGAUGGGUGUAGGGUCUGAUCAAAGCCUGAAGGUAAGGCGGUGCCGUUCCCCUCACAGCUCCGUAGGCAAGCACCAUGGUCUUGUAGUAGAUGCGAGCCUCAACUGGAAGCCAGUGGAGUGUGCGGAGGAGCGGGGUGACAUGAGAGAACUUGGGAAGGUUGAACACCAGACGGGCUGCAGCGUUCUGGAUAAGUUGUAGGGGUUUAAUGGCACAGGCAGGGAGCCCAGCCAACAGCGAGUUGCAGUAAUCCAGAUGGGAGAUGACAAGUGCCUGGAUUAGGACCUGUGCCGCUUUCUGUGUAAGGUAGGGUCGUACUCUGCGAAUGUUGUAGAGCAUGAACCUGCAGGAUCGGGUCACCGCUUUGAUGUUAGCGGAGAACGACAGGGUGUUGUCCAGGGUCACGCCAAGGUUCUUUGCACUCUGGGAGGAGGACACAAUGGAGUUGUCAACCGUGAUGGCGAGAUCAUGGAGCGGGCAGUCCUUCCCCGGGAGGAAGAGCAUCUCCGUCUUGCCGAGGUUCAGCUUGAGGUGGUGAUCCGACAUCCACACUGAUAUGUCUGCCAGACAUGCGGAGAUGCGAUUCGCCACCUGGUUAUCAGAAGGGGAAAGGAGAAAAUUAAUUGUUUGUCGUCUGCGUAGCAAUGAUAGGAGAGACCAUGUGAGGAUAUGACAGAGCCAAGUGACUUGGUGUAUAGAGAGAAUAGGAGAGGGCCUAGAACUGAGCCCUGGGGGACACCAGAGGUGAGAGCACGUGGUGCGGAGACAGAUUCUCGCCACGCCACCUGGUAGGAGCGACCUGUAAGGUAGGACGCAAUCCAAGAGUGAGCAGCGCCGGAGAUGCCCAACUUGGAGAGGGUGGAGAGGAGGAUCUGAUGGUUCACAGUAUCAAAGGUGCAGGUACAGUGGGGGAAAAAAGUAUUUAGUCAAAUCAAAUCAAAUCAAAUUUUAUUGGUCACAUGCGCCGAAUACAACAGGUGCAGACAUUACAGUGAAAUGCUUACUUACAGCCCUUAACCAACAGUGCAUUUAUUUUAAACAAAAAAAGUAAGAAUAAAACAACAACAAAAAAAGUGUUGAGAAAAAAAAGAGCAGAAGUAAAAUAAAGUGACAGUAGGGAGGCUAUAUAUACAGGGGGGUAUCGUUGCAGAGUCAAUGUACGGGGGCACCGGCUAGUUGAGGUAGUUGAGGUAAUAUGUACAUGUGGGUAGAGUUAAAGUGACUAUGCAUAAAUACUUAACAGAGUAGCAGCAGCGUAAAAAGGAUGGGGUGGGGGGGCAGUGCAAAUAGUCCGGGUAGCCAUGAUUAGCUGUUCAGGAGUCUUAUGGCUUGGGGGUAGAAGCUGUUGAGAAGUCUUUUGGACCUAGACUUGGCACUCCGGUACCGCUUGCCGUGCGGUAGCAGAGAGAACAGUCUAUGACUAGGGUGGCUGGAGUCUUUGACAAUUUUGAGGGCCUUCCUCUGACACCGCCUGGUAUAGAGGUCCUGGAUGGCAGGAAGCUUUGCCCCAGUGAUGUACUGGGCCGUACGCACUACCCUCUGUAGUGCCUUGCGGUCGGAGGCCAAGCAGUUGCCAUACCAGGCGGUGAUGCAACCAGUCAGGAUGCUCUCGAUGGUGCAGCUGUAGAAUUUUUUGAGGAUCUGAGGACCCAUGCCAAAUCUUUUUAGUCAGCCACCAAUUGUGCAAGUUCUCCCACUUAAAAAGAUGAGAGAGGCCUGUAAUUUUCAUCAUAGGUACACGUCAACUAUGACAGACAAAUUGAGAAAAAAAAAUCCAGAAAAUCACAUUGUAGGAUUUUUAAGGAAUUUAUUUGCAAAUUAUGGUGGAAAAUAAGUAUUUGGUCACCUACAAACAAGCAAGAUUUCUGGCUCUCACAGACCUGUAACUUCUUCUUUAAGAGGCUCCUCUGUCCUCCACUCGUUACCUGUAUUAAUGGCACCUGUUUGAACUUGUUAUCAGUAUAAAAGACACCUGUCCACAACCUCAAACAGUCACACUCAAAACUCCACUAUGGCCAAGACCAAAGAGCUGUCAAAGGACACCAGAAACAAAAUGGUAGACCUGCACCAGGCUGGGAAGACUGAAUCUGCAAUAGGUAAGCAGCUUGGUUUGAAGAAAUCAACUGUGGGAGCAAUUAUUAGGAAAUGGAAGACAUACAAGACCACUGAUAAUCUGGGGCUCCACGCAAGAUCUCACCCUGUGGGGUCAAAAUGAUCACAAGAAUGGUGAGCAAAAAUCCCAGAACCACACGGGGGGACCUAGUGAAUGACCUGCAGAGAGCUGGGACCAAAGUAACAAAGCCUACCAUCAGUAACACACUACGCCGCCAGGGACUCAAAUCCUUUAGUGCCAGACGUGUCCCCCUGCUUAAGCCAGUACAUGUCCAGGCCCGUCUGAAGUUUUCUAGAGUGCAUUUGGAUGAUCCAGAAGAGGAUUGGGAGAAUGUCAUAUGGUCAGAUGAAACCAAAAUAUAACUUUUUGGUAAAAACUCAACUCGUCGUGUUUGGAGGACAAAGAAUGCUGAGUUGCAUCCAAAGAACACCAUACCUACUGUGAAGCAUGGGGGUGGAAACAUCAUGCUUUGGGGCUGUUUUUCUGCAAAGGGACCAGGACGACUGAUCCGUGUAAAGGAAAGAAUGAAUGGGGCCAUGUAUCGUGAGAUUUUGAGUGAAAACCUCCUUCCAUCAGCAAGGGCAUUGAAGAUGAAACGUGGCUGGGUCUUUCAGCAUGACAAUGAUCCCAAACACACCGCCCGGGCAACGAAGGAGUGGCUUCGUAAGAAGCAUUUCAAGGUCCUGGAGUGGCCUAGCCAGUCUCCAGAUCUCAACCCCAUAGAAAAUCUUUGGAGGGAGUUGAAAGUCCGUGUUGCCCAGCGACAGCCCCAAAACAUCACAGCUCUAGAGGAGAUCUGCAUGGAGGAAUGGGCCAAAAUACCAGCAACAGUGUGUGAAAACCUUGUGAAGACUUACAGAAAACGUUUGACCUGUGUCAUUGCCAACAAAGGGUAUAUAACAAAGUAUUGAGAAACUUUUGUUAUUGACCAAAUACUUAUUUUCCACCAUAAUUUGCAAAUAAAUUCAUUAAAAAUCCGACAAUGUGAUUUUCAGGAUUUCUUCUCCUCAUUUUGUCUGUCAUAGUUGACUUGUACCUAUGAUGAAAAUUACAGGCCUCUCUCAUCUUUUUAAGUGGGAGAACUUGCACAAUUGGUGGCUGACUAAAUACUUUUUUUCCCCACUGUAGGUCUAGAAGGAUAAGAGCAGAGGAGAGAUAGUUAGCUUUAGCAGUGCGGAGAGCCUCCGUGACACAGAGAAGAGCAGUCUCAGUUGAAUGACCAGUCUUGAAACCUGACUGGUUUGGAUCAAGAAGGUCAUUCUGAGAGAGAUAGCAGGAGAGUUGGCUAGAGACGGCACGCUCAAGAGUUUUGGAGAGAAAAGAAAGAAGGGAUACUGGUCUGUAGUUGUUGACAUCGGUGGGAUCGAGUGUAGGUUUUUUGAGGAGGGGUGCAACUCUCGCUCUCUUGAAGACGGAAGGGACAUGGCCAGCGGUCAAGGAUGAGUUGAUGAGCGAGGUGAGGUAAGGGAGAAGGUCUCCGGAAAUGGUCUGGAGAAGAGAGGAGGGGAUCAUACUGAGAUCAUGUGACAGAUCAUGUGACGCUAAGAUUGCACACAGUUGGACUUUAUUGAACUAAUUAUGUGACUUCUGAAGGUAAUUGGUUGCACCAGAUCUUAUUUAGGGGCUUCAUAGCAAAGGGGGUGAAUACAUAUGCAUGCAUCACUUUUCCGUUAUUUAUGUUUUUUGAAUUUUUUUAAACAAGUAAUUUUUUUCAUUUCACUUCACCAAUUUUGACUAUUUUGUGUAUGUCCAUUACAUGAAAUCCAAAUAAAAAUCAAUUUAAAUUACAAGUUGUAAUGCAACAAAAUAGGAAAAACGCCAAGGGGAAUGAAUACUUUUGCAAGGCACUGUAUCUACAGUAUACACACACACUCUGUUCAGAUUUCAUUUAAUGUCACUGUUAUCGUGAGUGUAUUUAUAGUUAAUUAUAUUGUAUUAAAUAUGUUAUUUUUCUAUUCCUCUCUCAGGGUCGACCUUUGUCCUUUAAGACCUUUCUGAUAUGGGUCCUAAUAAGUAUCUACCAAGGUAAGAAGACAUUGAUGCAAUGUGUGAUGGAAGUAAUAAUGGAACUAAGUAGAAAUAAAGGCUUGCAUUCCUAUAGAUUCUUAGGAAUUUGUUAUGUUUUGUUGUUGGGGAAAACAUCUAAUUCCUUUAGGCCUCUCUCACACAGAUAGUACUUUAGAAACUGCCCUGCCCUGUGGUGUAGGAUCCAUGAUGCUCCCCACCAGCCCACACACUUUCUUCUUAAUUAAUAGAAGUGGAGUUUAUUUAUGUCUGUGGUUUGUAAAUGUUAAAUAACCUAAGGUGGUUUUCCAACAAGGACUAUUUGUAUUGCAAAGGCGUUGUCAGAAUCAUCCAAAGCUACACCCUAAACCUUUAGUCUACAGCUCAGCGCUCAGUCCCUAACUCCCACCUCUCCCUCUCAAAACAGAGUGUGGCAGAAUAUUCUGACAUUUCCUUUGCCAUUAUCCUUUUUAUCCUUAUUUGCUAUUGAGUGGGCUUUGGUUUCUGUGUUUAAGGCCAUUGGUGGGUUGUUUGGUAUCGAUUCCAUUACAGUUGUCCACGGAGGCAAUGUUUUGUAUGCUUUUAUAAGAAGAAAAAUAUUUUAUUGUCCAAUGUACUGAAUGUACAACGGAAAAUGUACAUCUGGUUUAUCCCAACCACUCUGAACUUUACUCUAUGUGAUGUGUAUAAGCAAUACCUUCAAGUACAAUGUUGCUGUCUUUUAUACAUAACUGUGAUACUGUAUGACCCAUGUCAGAUCUGUUGGUAUUAAUUACAUUUUCAAUCGCUGGAAGUGUAUCUUUACUUCCCGUUUUAAAGGUCACAAUAACAUGGAAAAGUGUUAAAAAUUAUGGAAACGUGUUACAUUUCCCAUCCUCUUCCCCUCACAGCUACAAAUCCUGACAUCGAUCCCCUUAUUUUUUAAAUGUUAAACUCUCUCUUCAUUGUAUUUCUGUAGUCCAUUCCUCUGAUGGUAGUGUUGGAAUAACUGAUGUAUAACAGAACAGUUAGAGCCAAGGUUCAGGUUGAGCAUUAAAGUUUGCCAGUCAUGCAUUUAAACGGCACCAUACAGAUGUCCGUUGAUUGACAAUAAAAGCACAUGCACAUCGAUACAAGCAGUGGCAGUGCGUUUGACAUUGUGCUAACCUGUUCUCUGUGCUCCUCAGGCAGUAUCAUCAUGUAUGGGGCGUUGCUGCUGUUUGAGUCGGAGUUUGUCCACAUCGUGGCCAUCUCCUUCACCUCUCUGAUCCUCACGGAGCUGCUGAUGGUGGCGCUCACCAUCCAGACAUGGCACUGGCUCAUGAUCGUAGCCGAGCUACUCAGUCUGGCCUGCUAUAUUGCCUCACUCGUCUUCCUGCACGAGUUCAUCGGUGGGUAAACACACAUACUUAACACCCACACACAUUUGAUGACAUGUUUCUGGCCAAGGAAUUCCGAUGUCAGGAAUUUUGAUACAGAUGAGAAAAAUAAUAAUGCAUCCACAAUUGUAUUAACUUGUACACAGUGAUAGAUUGAUAGUAAUGGGCUUUCACUGCCCUUGGAGUUGUACGUCAGCAUUCAGUGAUGAUAGGCUCUUCUCCAUUCAUACUGUGCCCCUGGGCUGUCUGAGACCUGGCAUGUACUGCCAGUAGGAAGUCCUGCUAAAGGUGAAUAAAGGGACAAACAGUACCAGAGGAGUGCAGCCAGCCACCGGCAUGCAAGAGUGUUGAAGUGGAAAUGCCAAAGCCUCGUGUUAGUUUCCUGCUCCCGCUACCACACACAUGCUGGCCAAGGUCUUUGUGUUUAUGACUAAACAGCUAGCUGUAGUUUAGAAACUACUGUGCCACAUGUAGAACCUCACACACUGCCAAUUAUGUUUUUUAUGGAAUUUAAUGUUGGCUGUAAUUAUGUUGUUCAUGAAAUAUAAACAGUGGUAGGCGGCAGACAUAUGUCACUUAAAAAGCCCAAGUGAAGCGAGAAAUGCAAGAAAUUGAGUAGUUGCAUAGAUUCCAAUCAGUUACUUCACAGUCUGUAGUUGCGUUUUCCAAGCGUUAUUUUAGGCCUUUAUGUGGGGUGUGGAGGUCCAUUUUCAGACCACAGCAUUAUGACCUGAACGUGGUCAAAGUACCCUUCUCGUCCUUCUCUUUCUUAAAAGAGAGGCCAUUUUAACGUUUAACGUCACAAGUAACUCAAAGGGUACAUAAUGUCCCUGAAUGGAACAGCUUGAAUCCAAGUCAAUUACAUGGUAAGCCAUUUCACUCAUCUGCCAUAUUAGCAACAUGCUAGGUCUCCCUAAUCUCCUAUUUUCAAAGGGCCAGUGCAGUCAAAAAUGUGAUUUUCAUGUGUUUUAUAUAUUUCCAAACUAUGAGGUUGGAAUAAUACUGUGAAAUGAUGAUAAUGCUGAUUGAAAAGACUGCCUGAAAUUUCAGACUGUUUUGGUGGGAUAGAGUUUUGGCCUGCCUGGUAAAUUAGUUAAUAGACCAAUAAGACAAAGAGGUCCAAACCUCUCUGCCAAAAACAGCUAGUUUUCAGUUUCCCCAUCCCCACGGGGACAUUGCUCUUUGCUAAGAAGCUUUGUUUGUUUCUUUUUGACUAUUUUAAUUGAAAACAAUCACAGUAAUGUACUAUAUUGUUACCCAGAAAUUAUUUAAUAUUGAGAUAAAAUUGGCUGCAUUUAACAUAACCUUUUAAGUCACUAAAUGAACUGAGUAGUGGCAACUGAAACACGAACAGAAGUCAUACUAGCCUGAUUACAUUGUUAUACUUACUCAAUUCCUCAUCUACAGUGCCGUCCAUCAUUAUUGUGACAGUGAAGCAUUUCUUUCUUCUUUUGGCUCUGUACUCCAGCACUUUGGAUUUGAAAUGAUACCAUUUAAUUUGAGGGUGUUAUCCAUAUCGUGUAAACCGUUUGGAAAUAACAGCACUUUUUGUACAUAGUCCACCCAUUUUAGGAGACCAAAAGUAUUGGGACAAAUUCACUUAUGUGUAUUAAAGUAAAAACACAAAACAGCAAAUGCAUCCAACAAGUUAGUGGAGUCACACGCUUGGCGUAAUCAUUGUAUGCUAGGAAUUUGGGACCAAAUACAAAACUUUUGACUACUUUAAUACACGUAAGUAAAUUUGUCCCAAUACCUUUGGUCCCCUAAAAUGGGGGGGAAAUGUACAAAAAGUGCUGUAAUUUCUAAACGGUUCACCCGAUAUGGAUGAAAAUACCCUCAAAUUAAAGCUAACCGUCUGCACUUUAACCUCAUAGUCAUUGUAUCAUUUAAAAUCCCAAAGUGCUGGAGUACAGAGCCAAAACAAAAAACUAAAUGUCACUGUCCCAAUAAUUACGGGGGGCACUGUAUAAAACAUCUCUGUUUGAAUGACCCACCAUCCUGCCCUCUGUUUCCUUGACUGUUUCUAGAUGUAUAUUUCAUUGCCACGCUGUCUUUCCUGUGGAAGGUGACGGUCAUCACCCUGGUGAGCUGUUUGCCCCUCUACAUCCUCAAGUACCUGCGCAGACGCUUCUCACCGCCCAACUACUCCAAGCUCACCACUUAGAGAGGGACAAGGCGGCAGCUGUCCCCACCGCCACCACCACCACCACCAUACAGUACCUCCAUCCCUGCUUCUGUGCUCGCACUCCUCCCUACCUCUCUCAUCUAUCAGAGCGUAUAUUUAUUAGGACCUAAAGGGUUCCUUUCCCCUUUAAUUUAUUCUUAAAGGUUCUUGUGCAAUUGGAAGAGAUGGUGUGGGAAGAAAAAAAGUUUAAUUUGAGAAGAGAGAAAGUUGUUGUGUAAGUUUACAAUACUUCACUUAGAUGUAAAAACUGACAAGUAUGACUAAGUAUUUUUCCAGACUGAUUGGAUUGGUGGUUGGAUUGACUAUCGCUGGUUGGGAAUACCAUACAAUUUAGACUGAAGCCGGAACCGGAAUUCUGUGUUUUGUCAUGGUCACAGGUCUAGAAAUGUGUGAAUACCAUCAGGAAAUAGGUGCCAUAAUGUACUAACAGAGGGCUAUGAGUGCCUCUUAAUCAUGGACUGACUCAUUAACAAUUACAUUUACAUUUUUAAAUUUUUGUCAUUUAGCAGACGCUCUUAUCCAGAGCGACUUACAGUUAGUGAGUGCAUACAGUUUCAUACUGGCCCCCCGUGGGAAACGAACCCACAACCCUGGCGUUGCAAGCGCCAUGCUCUACCAACUGACCUACAAGGGACUAUAUAGGGAAUAUAGAAAUUCUGUUUGGUAUCUAAACAUCAGGCCUAUAGAACUGUAACAAGAAAUGCCUGAUUGGAUUUGACUAACAUACUUGCAUAAAAAAAUAACACAUGCUUGUCAGUCUGAAAUGCAUUGAAUUGGUAAUUAUGUUUUAAUUGCACAUAUUUAUUAAAAGUAAUCGUUGUAGUUACAUUGGAAAAAUAGUGUGAAAUGUAAUUAUUUUAUAUU